CGACGUUGUUGUGUGAAAAAAUAUUCAGAUUACGAUCGGUAUUGCACGUAUAUAGUUUGAGAUAACGCAUGACCUGACUUCAUACUUCGGAGGUAUUUGGCAAUAAUGAUGAGUAUUUUUAUUCUUGGGGCCAUUUCUGUGGCUUCUGGGUUUGAAAUAGGAAGACCAGCUUCAAGCUUCGUUGUGCCUUCAUUCUCUUCACCUGGUGGAAUCAACUCUAACAAAGAAGUUUCCGAGGUCAAGUCAGACCUUGCUUCUGUGAAAUCCCGACAAGAAGAAACCGAUGAGAAGUUUGACAAGAUCCUGGAGCAGAUGCAAAGUAUUAAAUCCGGUACCAAGGGAGAGGAAGGUAAAGUGGAGGCGGUACAAAAAACAGUUGACAAGCUCAUGGAGAAAAUACAUCACAUGGAAGGAAAUGGUGGAGGAAAAGCAGUCUCUGAGAUGAAGUCAGAGCUGACGUCCGUUGGGUUGCGACAAAAAGAUACCGAGACAAAGCUUCAAGACAUCUCCUCUAAGGUUGACAACAGAGCCAUGAAGGCUCUGAAAAUAGACGUAGGCAAUCUGGCCUUAAGAAAACCAGCAUACGGAUGUACAAACUAUGACAAGUAUUCAGAUCCUAAUCACGUGGUUGAUGGUGACAAGGGCGGCAAUCGCAGAGGAGGUCAAUGUUUUACUUCCGCUCAAUCUGUGUUGAGACCUUGGUGGAUGGUUGACUUGGUGGAUAUCUAUGAUGUACAUAACGUCACCCUUUACAGACGGACGGACGGUUGCGCUUCCAGAUUCCGUGACCUGGAAAUCCUAGUUUUUAAAGAAAACCCCAUGGAGAACAACAGUUCUCAGCCGAUGACAUGUGCACAAAAGAAAGGACAACUAUCAAGACCUGAUGUUCUAACCUGCAAACCUUCGACAACGGGUCGAUUUGUGUUGUUGCAGUACAUACCACCAAGAAAAGAAAUUCUCACAGUCUGCGAAGUUGAGGUUCGUGGAAAACUCUCCAAAGAUUAACUACAUAGCUGUGGCGACAUUCAAGAACGUGUCACAUAAUCUGAUGUAAUAAAAAGUCUAUUG